GUCGCCUGUCGUGAGUAUCAAGAAAAAACUUCAGCCAACAACAGGGGCGCAGUCACCACCGAUCCGUUCCUGGUCGGAACAAAGAAUACCAAGAAGUAUUCUGUUCUGAGACAUGGUCAGAGCGACGGACACAGAGCAGCAUAUGAUUCCUGGAAGAAAGACCUGCGAUCAAAAGAACCGAUAGUUCAAGCGGUCUUAAAAAUGGACCAGCAGGCGUUCAAGAAGAUGGUGCUGCUGUUCGACAUCACAUACCAUCUCGCGAAGCACGAGCUUCCGUUCAGUUAUUUCCCAGCUUUGGCCAACUUGGAGAAGCGCCAUGGCGUGAAUCUGGGCACAACGUACCUGAACCCUGUCCAAGCACAUAUGUUCACGGAAUUUCUGGCAGAGGACAUCCGCCAGGAAAUCGACUACACUGUCAGAAAAUCAAGAUACAUCAGCAUCCUCAUUGACGGAAGCACUGAUCGGAGUUCUCUGGAACAAGAACUAAUGUACAUCAAAUAUCUGGACCUGGAUGACGGCAUCCCUCGGACACGUUUCUUCGGAAUCCAUGAUGUAGAGAAUGCUACGGCUGAUGGUGUUCUGCAAGCAGUUGACAGCAUUUUCAACCAGCACACCCAUCCAGACUGGAAGAACAACCUUGUGGCCUUUUGUGCAGAUGGAGCAAGUGUGAACUUCGGCUGCAGGGGAGGUGUUGUCACCAAACUACAAAAUGAAAUGCCCUGGGUGGUCGGCAUACAUUGCAUCGCACAUCGGCUGGAGCUGGCAGCCAAGGAUGCCUUCAAGGACACCUUCUUCACCAAAGAGAUUGACUCUUUCUUGAGCACCUAUGCUGCAUUCUACAGGAAGUCUCCCAAAAGAGUGCGGGAGCUUCACGACAUGGCUGACCUCCUCAAUGAGCAGAUUCUUCGACCGACCCGCGCAGAUGGGACGAGAUGGGUCGAACAUAGGAGGAGAGCGUUGAAAGCUCUUGACAGGAACUAUGUAGCUGUGACAGCUCAUCUUGUUGAGCUUGGAAGCGAGCAGAGGGCGGAUGUAAAGAAAGAGGAUGCUGCUAAGGCGAGGGGGAUGCUAAAAAAGAUGUCGACACAAACCUUCAUCUAUCACAUGGCCCUCUAUAUGGACAUCCUAGAAGAACUCUCUCAAGUCUCUCUGGUUUUCCAGAUAGAGGACAGCUCCCUGGCUGAGGUGGUGGAGGUGUUGGGGACAACUGUCAAAGUUGUCCAGGACAUGUGCAACAAAGAUGGUCCUCAUCUCCACUCUGUGAAGAGAAAAUGCCUUGACGAUGGGAGCUACAGAGGUCAUUCAUUAACUGGUUUUACAGCAGGGCAUGCAGAGUUUGAUGCCUCUCGACCAGCUUGCCUUGAGCCAUUGAUCAGAUGCCUGGAGGAGAGGUUCUCAUCGUUCAAGGACAGCAGGAUCUUCGAAGCAGUUACAUCGCUCAACCCAACGACCUGGCCAGAGGAUCUCAAGGACCUAGAUGACAAGGUAGACGAUGGUGUUAGAGUCCUCAUUGACCACUUCGAGACUCCUCUGGUGGCACAUGGAUGUGAUCCAGCAGCAGUCAUGGCAGAGUGGAUCCGCCUGAAGAAGGUUCUGCAGAUGUACUUCAAGCCUGGAAUGUCGUGGAAGAACUUGUGGGGCACCCUUUUCCGCAGACGCCAGAAUGACUUCCCGAACUUCUUUCAUGUCAUGGAGAUUGUCCAAGUCCUACCUUUUGCUACAGCAAUUGUGGAACGCGGCUUUUCCUUAAUGAACAGAAUCAAGACCGACUGGAGGGUACGACUUCAUACUACCACUCUCGACGAUCUGAUGGCCAUCUCGUUAGAAGGCCCAGCUGAAGAAACCUACACCACUGACUCUGCUGUCACCAGGUGGUUUAAAGCAGGAAAGACGACCAGACGACCAUGGGUAGAACCCUAUGGUCCCAGGCCAGCAGAUGCCACUCAUGCCACUGAAUCGGAUCAUUCAGAUGACAGUGAAUCAGGUCCCAGUCAGGACUAGCCAGGCCCAGUAGCCAUCGUACAAGCUGGGGGAAGAGUAAAAUUAAAGAUUAAAGAUGUUAUGCGAUACAGUGAUAAGCAUUUCUCUUCAAAAUCAUUUCAGGAGUACAUCUUAUUCUUACUUUGUAUAUAGUGCUAUUACUGCUAUACUUAUUACUUAUACUAUGAUUACAACUUACAAGUACUCUCAGAUAGUCAGAUUAUUUGCAGAUAUACUUUAUAUUCUCAAAUGCAGAUACUACAGGGUAAUUUCUUAAGUUCACUAACUUCACUACUCACUAGUUCAGUCCUUAGAGAACUCAUUUAAGUAAACUGAAUUUAAGACAUUGAUCUUUUAGUGAAUCAGUAUGUCUGUAUCUAUCAUUUGAUCUGGCUUAAGCUUUAACCCAUCAUGUUAGGAUCGUUAGCCAAUGAGCCUGUCAGGGAAGAUAACAUGAACUUGAACCCACAAAUCAAAAGCAAAUUACAAAGUCAAACUGUUUAUGAUGAAAAAAUGUGUCUGAUAAAAAAUUACCAUACAUUGUAUGUCUAUUGUCUAGUCAAUUAUGGUGCUCUUGACAAAUUUAUGAUCAUUGCUUAGGAAAUAGGAAAAGAUCUUACUUACCUACCGCUUAUCCCUUACUGCUGCCCACUUGCCAGAGUUCCUUAGUUGUGUAAUGAAGCUCAGGGAAGUGAUGAUUAUUAUGAUUUGUAAAAACAAAAUUGACAACAAAAAAGUUAAAAGUAUGAAUAAAAUUCAAUCAGAACUGAAAGCUACAUGUAUUCAUUGUAUUGAAUACUGAGUAAUUUUGUUUAAACUAUGGAUUUCUCAAUAUGAGAGCUUGAGACUGAGUCAGAGACUCAGAGUGUGAAAUUGUGAAGCUGUUAUGUCUUAAAUCAUUAAGGAGAAUUCUCAAGUGCUCUAUAGAUAGAUUGAAUGUUGAUGUUGAUGACUUGAUGUGUCUGCAAAGGUUUGUAUUACAAAUUACAAUAUAUGAAUACAAACUAGUAGUCUAGUACAGGGGAACCUCUUUAUAACAAGGACCUAAAACCAUCACAAAAUGAAUUACCUUGACAAUUACCUUCUUAUUAUUAUUCUAUUUUUUUCUAUUUCUUUUUUACCAUAUUAGUGUAGUGACUAGUGUGUGUACAAAACAGAAAUAUAUAAGAUUUGGGACCAGCAAAAUCACCUUGUUACUUGUAUAAGAGGAUUUUGUAUUUUUGUUUAUCCAAGGUUCCAACCCCUUUCCUUUAUAACAAGGUUCCACUGUAUUUGUAUGUGUAUGUGGUAAAUUGUUAUUGUGGUAUAUUUCUUGACUGUGUAGUGUGUAAAUUGAGGGGGAGACAAGGAAAUAUGUCAUAGUCACACUAAUGAUACUAUCACAUCUCCCCCUCAAUUUUGUUUGUAAAUAAUGAAAAUGUAACUGAUGUUAAAUUAUACUGGAAGAAGAGACAGUAGAGUAGUAGACAAAAUUCACUAGAAUUAUUAGAAUAAAUCAGUACAUCUUGUUAAAGCAGAGCCUGCAGCAGAGCAGCCCUGCACUGCUGACCAGCAUCCCUUCAAUGUGGCACACACACACACACACACACAAACGCAAAAAAGCCGCGAAAUAGCUCCAGAAAUUGUAGCCCUGGAAAGUGGAAAAAGAGCCCUGGAAAAUGAAAAAGUAGCCCUGGAAAAUUUUUAAGUUUCUCCAAAAAGAGCCCUGGAAAGAAAAAAAGUAAUUUUU